CUGAGGGAACAGGUUCGGAACCAGUGCUCUAGUGCUGUAGCGUGGGACCAGUGAUGGGACAGCUUGGGAAACAGCCUCGGGACCAGCACUCUACUCUGGUACCAGUAGUGGGACAGCUGUGGGAACAGGGUUGCCACCGGCGCUCUACUCUGGGGAUCACUGGUGGGACAGAUGUGGGAACAGGGUAGGGACCAGCUGGCCUAGGUGUACAGGCUGGUCGCAGGAGUAGACCACAAGGUUAGUGCUGACUAUUUGCACUGAUUGGCUUAAGGGACCUUAAGGGGCGAGCCAAUGCCUCCAAAGAAGAAAGGAAAGAAGAAGAGGAGGAGGAAGAAGAAGAAAGAUGGAGAACCCAUACAUGACUCUGGCUGGGACAAGACUCUGCAGAUUGGAAAGUGGGAGCGUCCAGUUGAGGCCCUUCCGGACUCAGCUUUAUGGCCAACAUGGGGCGAGUUGCGAGAUCGUGUACUGUCUGCUUGCAAAGAGAUCUCAAUCAUCUGGAGUGAGGCUAUGCGGGAUGGCUUCAUCGACGAGCUCGUCGGUUUAUCGCCACCUGUUCUGGUGAGUACCUUACCAGGACUAUCACACUGUGAGAAUCGAUGGGCAUGGUUGCACUUAAUGCAACAUGAGCAUUUUGGUUUGAUCUGUUUAGUAAAACUUGGAUAUCUUG